AAGGCCUUACACCAUUGCACUAGAUCUUCGUAUAAAAUAACGCUGAAUCUUGCCAGAUGAUCGUUCUGUGAUCAACGUAAGGUGUUGGAAAAAGUAAUAGCAAAAGCAUUGCAGUCGCCAUGACCAAGUCACUUCCGAUUAUUUUGCUGCUACUGGCCACGGCCACGAGCGGCGACGCCGUCAACUUUGGCAGGCUGUCCGGCCGGGUCGGUCAAGUUUUCACCAAAGACACGGCCACAAUGCUCGGCAAAACCGCCAAGGGGCUGCUCGUGAGCGUUCCCACCGUAUUUUCCCCCAAGCAGCUGCAGAAUUUUGCCCAGCAGUCGAUUUUUGGCGUCCCAGCGGAGGCCAUUGCUGGCACGGUGAACAAACUUUGUUCUAUGGCCUUGCUAUCGAACGCAACCGAAUCGAAAGUGUCGGUCGAUGUGGACAGGAUGAACUACCUAUUGUUGACAGAGGAUCAGAAUGUUUCGAUUCCACUGGCCAAGCCCGAAUUACUUUGGGGCAAUGCGUUGUUCAAAAAAGAAUUGGAAACCGUAAUUUUGGUAACAGGUUGGAAAACAAACAUCGAGUGGGAUCGUGGAAUGAAACCAAUUAAAUCGAUUUUCAACGCAUACCAUAAACGUGGCGGGUACAAUUUCAUCGCGAUCGAUACCGCCAACUUCGUAGAUACGUUGUACACUUGGUCAGCUUUCAAUACCAACGAUAUUGGUGAAAAGUUGGCCGAAGGAUUACAAGAGUUUAUCAAGACCGUUGAUGUGGCCAAGAUUCACCUGAUCGGUCACAGUUUGGGGGCACAAAUUGUCGGUGCCGCUGGAAGGCACUUCCAGGCCAUGACAAGUAAGAUGAUUCCCAGAAUCACCGGACUGGACCCAGCCAAUCCGUGCUUCAACGAAGGAGAAGCCUUGAGCGGGAUCUACCGCGGCGACGCGGACUUUGUCGACAUCAUUCACAGCAAUUCGAUGGUACUAGGAAAACGUGAUCCCAUCGGCGACGUUGACUUUUACCCGAAUGGUGUGGUGUCCGUGCAACCUGGUUGCAUGAAUCCGGCGUGUUCCCAUGCGCGGGCCUGGAGAUUGUACGCGGAAACGGUUUAUCCGGAAACCGAAAAUAGCAUGCAAGCGGUCAAGUGCAAUUCCCUGCUGGCGGUUCGGCUUGGAUCGUGCCGUGGAAAGCGUAUCCCGAUGGGAUUUGCCUGUCCCAAAACGGCCAAAGGGAACUACUUUUUGGAGACAAACAAGGACAGUCCGUAUGGGAAAGAUGGGAAUCAAUGAAAAAGUUUAAUAUCCACCGGAAUUAAAAAGGUAUUCGUUGUUUUUUUUACAAGAUUUUAGAAUUUAAAUUUAAAAUAAAAAAAAAAGGUUUUUGGCAAUAAAAAUACAUUGUAACAGCAUAAACAUACCUGUUCCGGAAAA